AUGAAGCUUUCCACUUCCAUAGCACUGAUUGCGGCAAUUGGCCUAGUGCUAGCAACUCAGAUUCCGCUACUAUUACCUCCGAUUGAUAAAGAACUACAGUCACAAAAAAACCACAUCGUAGCACCUAAUGUUUUCAAUGAAUAUGAUUUAUCGCAAUUGAGCUCUACAGAUCAAUUAAACUUGCAAAAUGAAUGGGUUAGAUUGGAAAAUCAAUUGGGAAAUUUUCAAAUGUUGAGUCAAUUUAGCCAGUUUCGAAAAAUAUUUAAUAAACCAAAAACAAACUUGACAUACUCAAUUACAACUAAUCAAUCUACCCCUGAAUCAAUUGGUUUUGACUCAGUAAAGCAAAUAUCUGGGUAUUUUCAUAUCAAGGAGACACACAAGAAAUUCUUUUAUUGGUUCUUUGAAAGUAGAAACGACCCAGCAAACGACCCAUUAAUUCUCUGGCUCAAUGGAGGCCCAGGAUGCUCCUCAACAAUGGGGUUAGCAUUGGAGUUGGGACCUAGCAUAAUAAACGCAUCUAUCCAACUCGAUUUCAAUCCAUAUUCUUGGAACUCCAACGCAAGUUUAUUAUUCUUGGACCAGCCAGUAGCUGUUGGUUUUUCCGAUGGUGAUGAUGACGAGAUUCCCUUUAGUACCGAGCAAGCCGCAAUGGACUUUGGCAAAUUUGUUGAAUUAUUCCGUAACCAAUACCCAGAAUAUGCCAAGUUGGAUUUCCACAUUGCUGGCGAGUCUUAUGCCGGUCAUUAUAUUCCCAGUUUUGCAUCUACAAUAGUCAACAAUGGAGUACCUUUGAAAUCAAUUAUGAUUGGUAACGGAAUCACUGAUUAUGUGGUACAGCUUGGCGAAAAGGCUAAUAUUGGCUGUGGCAAAGGUGGAUUAGGAAAAAUAUACAAAGACGAUGAAUGCAGCACUUUUGAUCAACGCUACAAACGAUUCUUACCAUUUGGUGAACUAUGCUACAAGUUCCCCAAUCCAAUAACAUGUUACAUUUCACUACUCGCAUCACCAACCACACCAGACAAAGGUGACUUGAACCCAUACGAUGCACGUCUCAAAUGCAACAACGAUGCACCCUGGUGUUAUCCAGAAUUUACUUACAUUGACCAGUACUUCAACACACCAAAAGUCCAACAUGCUCUUUUAGGAUCAAAUGCACUUCAGAAAAACUACACCGUUUGCAAUAAAAAAAUUGAGCAGAAAUUCUUUUACGAUUUGGCCCUUCCUUACCAGCAAUACGUAGCACAACUUUUGAACGAUGGGGUGGCGGUACUAAUUUAUGCUGGGGAUAAGGAUCUUACCUGUGAUUGGUUGGGAAAUUUGGCAUGGUGCAACAAACUCGAUUAUUCCGACCAAAAACACUUUAAUUCUUCUGUUUUCAGACCAUGGACUAUAUCUGAUGACGAAAAAGUAGUACAUGCAGGCGAGGUGAAAAACCAUAAGCAAUUCACAUAUCUACGAUUCUUCAACGCUGGACAUAUGGUACCGAUGGAUCAACCACAAAACUCAUUGAAUAUGGUUAAUAGCUGGAUUCAGGGGAAUUACGCAUUGUUGUAG